AUGCCGGUGGACAUCACACCUGUGCUAAAAGAAUGGAUGGAUCAGGAUGAGUUGGUUUCCCAGGCUGCAGUACACAACCUUGUGUCCAUAGGCGUUGGAAUGGACAUUGAUGCAGCGGAAUCACACGGCAUCUUGCUAGCCCCUGUGAUGAAACAUUUGGGACUGAAGCCAUGUAUUCAGGUAGUCAUGGACUUGGUUCUCUGCAUGUAUACGAAUUGCAAGCCGUAUGGGAAGAAGGUUCCCUCGAGCACUACGAUCCGGAAGCAUUCGUGGUACAUCCGCAGGCUUAUCACAACUUGGUCAAGGUGGGCAAAACGUGGGUCUUGUCCCCGUUCUGAGGGUCAAAGGCUGCUAUUCGAGGCUGCAGGUAUUCCCAUCCCCGAGAGAUCUGAGUCUGGAACCACUGAAGGUGAUGAAGAUGAAGAUGAAUAUGAAGGGAUGGAAGGAGAGGAGGAGGAUGAAUUUGAGGAUGAUGAGUGUGUAAAUGGUGAUGAUGUUGCUGAUGAAGAUGGUGAAGAUGAAGGUGAUGGUUGUGACGACCAUGACGAUGUAGAGGCUGAAAAGGUGGUGACCACAAAUGAGGCUGAAGUGACAAGGUGCGAUGAACGUGUUCCUACGCAUUCCGAGGAAGUGCCAAAGUGUGGGGAUCAACCGCCUGAUCAAUCAGAGGUUCUUGAUCAACCUGAUGGCCAAACGGUACCGACUUGCUUUAGCCCCACACUGGCAGUGGCAAUGGACGUGGUGGUCACACCUCCGCCAAAAAGAUGUUUUGUUGAUCGCAGGGGCUCAUCUUCUUCGAUCCUGUCUGGAGACAAGGUGGCUGACCCGAAGCUGGCUGAGCUUCAGGCCUUGAGAGAAAUAGAGGAGGAACUGAAGCAUCUCACGGCCUUGCAUCUGAUGAAACAACCCACGAUCGGGACAAUGGGAAACGACAGUAUGGAUCCAAUGGAUCUAAUGGACACGUUUCCUUUGUUGCCGGCCUACAUGGAUGACGUGGCAGAAAACCUAAAGAAAACAUUGGUGUUUGAACCACUGCCUUCUUCAAAGGAAUCACAUGGUGAUGAGAGUUCACCAAAGCCAGUUCCCAUGGAAUCAGAUGGUGGUGAGAGUUCACCAAAGCCAUCUCCCAUGGACCCACUUUUGUCUUGCAAGCCUGAUCAGUCUCAAGAACUGGCACCAGAAGAGGCCAUCCCAAGUCAGCAUCCAACCCCCAGUCAGCCACCUUGGCUCCGCACCCUGCAGUGA